UUUUAAACAAAGUUUGAUAUAAUUUAUCAGUAUUUAGAUAUAAGAAACAAAGAACUGAAAUACAAGAAAAAUGUCAGAUCAAAGGACAAAGCAAGACGGAGCAGUGCAGGAGAGCUUCAAAAUAUCUGAUUCCAACAACAAACUCUCUGAGAUAAGAAUUGUGUUGAUUGGGGGUCGAGAUGUGUUUGGAAGAAAUGAAAGUGGAAAAAGUUCAGUAGGAAACAUCAUUCUGGGAAAAGAUGCUUUUGUUGUUGGAAGAAGAACAGCACGAUCUGUUCAAGCUUCAGCAAAUGUACAUGGACGACAUGUGACUGUGGUUGACACACCAGGCUGGUGGUGGCAUUACCUUGCGGAAAACACUCCAAAGUUUGAUUUACUGGAAAUAAUGAGAAGUCCAACACUAUGUUCUCCAGGACCUCAUGCAUUCCUUCUGGUCAUUCCUGUAGAUUGCUCUUUUGAUAGAGAGUAUGGCUUAGGUUUAGAGAAGCAUCUGGAGUUUUUCUCUGAGACUGUCUGGAAUCACAUUAUUGUGUUGUUCAGCUCUAUUGCUCCACAUGAUGAUACAUCUUUAAAAAAUCAUCUUAAAAAGUGCCCAGACUUUAAAAAACUUUUGAGCAGGUGUCAGAACAGAUAUCAUGUACUUGACAUUCAUGAAAGGCAUGACAGUUUUCAAGUGAUUGCUUUGCUGGAAAAAAUUGAGAAAAUGAUGGCAAUAAACAAUGGGCAAAGUUUUAAAAUAUCCAAAAAGUUCACUUUAGAGGAAAAGAGAGACGAUUCAAUAAGAGAACAAACCACUCAGAGAAUUCCUGCUGUGAAAAGAAAAAAGUCUGAGCUGGAUGCACACAUCAGAGAUGAUAAACAGCAUCUGACUGAUAUACAAAUCCUAAUGCUUGGAGGAAUACAUGUUGGAAAGACUUCUACAGGCAACCUCAUUAUAGGCAAAGAGGUUUUUAAAGUUAAAGUUAGUGGGAAAACAACAUGGCGCAAUACCAUGUCCUGCACAGUUGGUCAGGCUGAAGUACAUGACAGGCAGCUGACUGUGGUCGACACCCCAGGCUGGCACUACAAUCACUCUCUUGAAAAGACACCAGAAAUUGACAAACUUGAGAUUAGACGUAGUGUCUAUCUAUGUCCUCCAGGUCCACAUGUGAUUCUGUUAAUUGUUUCAGUUGUCACAGCAUUUAACAGGCACGUACGCAGAGGAGUGGAAGAACACAUGAGUCUUUUAGGGAAGAAUGUCUGGAGUCAUACAAUUGUGUUGUUUACCUGGGGAGAUUGGCUUGGAGAUACAACUAUUGAGGAACGUAUUGAGGCAGAAGGAGAGCAUCUACAGUGGCUAUUGGAACAAUGUGGAUACAGAUAUCAUGUUUUUAACUGUAAGUUACACACUGACAGCACACAAGUCACAGAACUCCUUGAGAAGAUCGAGGAAAUGGUUAUGGAGAACAACGGCCUUCCCUUUGUACCACCAAUGAAUGAGAAUCCAUUCACUGAGUAUAACCUCAAGAUGAAAACAGCCAAAACAAAUAUGAUGAAAGUGAUGAGACAAAGAGAUAUCUUUCAAGAACUGCUAAAGGAAAGGAAAUACAAUCUCUCAAAUGUGAGGAUUGUGCUUUUCGGAGAAAAAGGAGCUGGAAAGAGCACUUCUGGAAACAACAUUCUGCAUGGAUAUUUUUUUGAUCAAAAGGGUUAUCAGAUCAGUGACACACAUCCAUUCACAAGACAAUGUGUGUUGAAACAGAAGCAAAUUGGGGGAUGUCAAAUAUCUGUGGUGGACACACCAGGCUGGUCCACAUCAACUGUAGAAAAUGCUAAAGAAAUUUUACGCAGCGUCACAGUUUGUUCUCCAGGUCCACAUGCAUUCCUGCUAGUGUUACCUGUUUAUAAGCCAUUUACAAAACAAAAUCAGGAAGCAGUGACCGACCUAAUGAGGCUUUUUGGGGAGAAUGUCUGGAGACAUACUAUAAUAUUAUUCAAUACAGGAUACUGUCAGAUAUACAGACCAGUUGAAGAAUAUAUUGCAUGUGAGGGAGAAGCUCUGCAAGAAUUGGUAAGAAAGUGUGGAAACCGAUAUCAUGUGAUAGAGAACGACUGGAGUAACAGAUCUCAGAUCACAAAUUUGCUCAAGAUGAUUGAACUGAUGGUGGCAAAAAACAGAGGUGAAUACUUCACUCUGGAAAAGAAAGAAAAUAAGCCAACAUCAGCAGCCCUCAAGACACUGACUGAAGAAGAGUGGAUGAAACGUGAGGAUGAACUUAUAGACAGGGUGUUGAAAGCAGUAGUGGUGGAUCUCGAAGAAGAAUCCAGACAGCCAACUCACAGAAGAGAAAGCUUCAAUGGUGCAAUCCCAAGCAUGAGUGGAGAUUCUGGAUUUUCUGAUGUCAACAGUUUAUAUGGAGUUGAUGCACUCAAUUCUGCUUUUAAAGUGUCUCAAUGGCUCAGACACCCAGGAUAUGAGGCAACAUCACCUGCAUAUGACACCAUGAGCACUGUAUCCAGUUCUCGAUAUCAGAAGAUGGAGAAUGUCAAAGAUGAUAUUCCAGUGCCCAAACACCCAGCAGACGAUAUGAAAUCUGUUAGUAAUAUGCAGAUAAAAUAAAUUACUGCAUUAUAUACAGUACUGUAUGUAGUCUGUAAACAGGAAUAAUCACAGCAUUAAGAUAUAAGCUUGUAACAUGUUAGACAAUGACCAGCAGUAAAUUUCCACCUGUACUUAGUGGAUCGAAAUUUUGUCGUCAAGCUUCCAUCUGAAAAGAGUGAUUUGAUCAUAUGAAUACUAAUCGCAAAUCCUGCUCAAUCAACGUCAGAUGUAGACAAGAAGAUCAUGACAGCACCAUGUACAGCUAACUGCUUCAGCUUCUUUACAGACACAUUGUUAAGUAGGAAUGAAUAAGAAAAUGUUUAUUGUUGGUAGCUGUCCUUCAUUGUUAUGUACCCUUGUGUGUAUUCAGUCUACCAUUGUUGGUAUUUGAUAAAUCAAUGUUACUUGCGGUAAUAUUUGAAUAUGUAUAGUAUGUCCGUACAGUAUGGUUGUGCACAUAUACAACUAGAAUAAUGUUUCUUGACGAGGUAUUAUUAUUACCAUUAUUUAUUUUAUGUUUUUUUUUCUCUUUCUUUUUUCCAUUGAU